AUGUCACCUUGUCCACAACAACUCGUUCGGUCCCGUCUCAACGGGUUGCUCUCACAACAAUGUCGGAGCCCAGGCCGAUUGUAUCGGGAGUCGGGGACGGCGAAUGUUGGUCAUAGAGUGCGCCUCUCCACAUACAAUGCUCCAGCAAUCUCAGAACCUGGCGUGGGAAAUGAUGCUCCUGACCCUAUGUCCUAUCAACACAAUCAUGAUUCAACCGACAGUUCUCAUCCGCCGACAAGUGAACAACCAGAUCAGGCCGUGACAAAUCGAUACGGCAUGGGGGAUGGCCAAUCAAACUCCCUAUCCCAACCACGAAGGUCAACGCAGACACCGAUUAUAACGAAUGAUAAAAUGAAGAAGGUCGCCUACGUGCGACAUGCUGAUCCCAAGCUUGUUGCCAUGGCGGCCGAGAGAGUCAACCGCGAAAUCUUAAACAAGGGUAGACACUUGACGGAUCGAGGAUUAUAUCUGGCUCUUGCGAUGCGAAUGAAUUCGCUAUACACGCGUGAGCUGGGACUCCGUCAGUGGAAGGAGGCAUACGGAGCAAUCCACAAGGCCAAGACACAUGGUCGUGAGAUCUUGCACAAAUCUGCGUUGCCAAAAUUGAGAGACGAUGGUGAGAAACUGCUAGGGGUGCUUCUUGAUGACUGCCAGGGCAAAUUUCGAGAAGCAUGGCUAGCAAUGAACCGUUCUACCAGGGCCUGGGCCUGGCAACGCCUGGCCAUCUGGCUGUUGCAAAAUAACCCUGCAAUGGCCCUGGAAUUUUUACUCGUCACAACCGAGCCACGAGAUAAGCCAGACUUGACUAUGAUUGUCGAUUGCUUGGCGUACUUGGAGAGGUUUCACUAUGAAGAGCUGCGGGAUUGGGAAAAGGGUGCCCACACAUUCGAAUCAGUUGUUGCAACUACCCUGGACCCAAAGGACUGGCCGAUUGUCUCGCCACCACAAAGGGGCAUACGGUUUUAUAUUCGCCGAGCAGGCUUUUUAGGUGUCUACGAGAGUUUCCGUUUAAUGAACGAGCGAGGCAUUACGAUGGAGGCUCAAACAGCACUUUGCUACAUGUACCGAUUCACACAGCUGAAUGACGUGGAAUAUGCUCUUAGGGCCCUCGAAUACAUUCCCAAAAUCAACGACCCUGAAUUUUCUAUGAAUUCUGAAGGGGUCCUACGACACUGUUGCAAACUCCUGACCCUGGAUACCGUUGAGGACAAAGCUGGAGGACGCAAUUUCCGGAUCCUCCCACGACUUCUCAAGAUGGGAGUCCAGCCAGACCGGGACAUGAUGAAUCUCGUGCUCGCUAAUGCUUACAAAACCGGUGAUCCUCAAUUGGGGUCAGACAUGCUCCAGUUCAUGAAGAAUCACCAUCACGAGUUCGAUUCUUACACAUACUUGACUCUCCUAACUGAUGCGGUGUCUCGAGGUGACCGGGGUCGGGUGGACGAGUUAGUGAGGGAAGUCGAGAUGAAAGAGGAACUACGAAACAACCCAUACAUUUUCAGCAAGAUCUUCCACGCCCAUUUCACUUUUACCGCCAAGCAUAUUGACCCCGAGAGCGAUCCCUCGGGGGUUUUCUACUCUAUGCUCGACAUGUACAACAAACUCCACGACAUCACACCGCUCAAAGAACUCCUUCUCCUCCCUCCUCAAUAUACCCAGCCGCCAACUCAAGGACUUGAAGUCAAAUUACCACCUUCCCCGGUGUCCUUGUUCCUUAUGAUCGCAACAUUCUUCCGCUGUAGGAAUCGGAUCUCACAAGUGCAUCACAUGUACGACAGAUUCCGCGAGCUAGUGCAGCAGGGCCACCCAUCCAUCGCUCCUCUGGUCGAGACCGACCACGUCUAUAAUGAAUUCCUUAUCGCCUUCCGCAAGAGCAGCCGUGGACUGCGGUCAAGCAUACGUCUCGUUGAAGACAUGCUUGACACAUCCGCCAUGCCGAAAGAGACCACCGAUGGCAAACCUCUCAAGCAUAUCUCACCCACACCUCGCACGUGGACCAUCCUCCUUAGUGCCUUCAAUUACAGUCGCCAGCCCGAUGCAGCCGAGAAAGUCAAGGAGAUGAUGGCUAAGCACGACGUGGAGUAUAACCAAGUGACCUGGAAUACCAUCAUCAACGGAUUCGCGAAUGCACAAGACAUUCCCGAAACCGCUAAUGCAAUUACGAAGAUGGAAAAAGAAGGCUUUGCCAUUGACCACUACACUAUGAAGAGUUUGCGUUAUCUCCGCGACCCUGAACGCCUUUGGGUGGCGAUCGAGGAGAUGGAUGAGGGUCUCGACUCGCAUGGAGCUCAUAAGCUUCUCACCCUCGAGCCUACGUCUGAUGUGCACAGUGAUCAGCAGGAGCGUGACGAGCUCAUUGACAGUGGCUUGGAGAAGUUGGAGUCAAAAUCGAAGCCCAAGAUGUAG